AUGAUUAAAUUUUAAAAGUAGUUAUUUAAUGAUGCUAACUUUGUAAUUUAUAUAUCAUGGAAUAUUUUAGACUUGAUCUUUUUUGACAUUAAAGUUAAAUAAAGCCAAGGACAAUAUGAAAUACUUGUUGACUUUAAAAAGUUCCUUGAUCCAUUGUACAAAGGAACUCCUCAAUAAAUAAUUGACACAUUAACAGCACUUAUGAAUGCUAUUAAGAUGAUUCAUACUAUUGCUAAGAUUUUAUAAAACUAAUGA